GGCCCUCCCGUCGCCCAGCGCAGCCGAGGAGCCAAGCCAGCAUGUCGGGGACCCGAGCCUCCUCCAAUGACCGGCCCGCCGGCGCCGGCGGCGUCAAGCGGGGGCGGCUGCAGCAGGAGGCGGCGGCGACCGGCUCCCGGGUGACCGUGGUGCUGGGCGCGCAGUGGGGGGACGAGGGCAAAGGCAAGGUGGUGGACCUGCUGGCCACGGACGCCGACAUCAUCAGCCGCUGCCAGGGUGGCAACAACGCUGGCCACACGGUGGUGGUGGACGGCAGGGAGUAUGACUUCCACCUACUGCCCAGCGGCAUCAUCAACACCAAGGCCGUGUCCUUCAUCGGCAAUGGGGUGGUCGUCCACUUACCCGGCUUGUUUGAAGAGGCAGAAAAGAAUGAGAAGAAAGGUCUGAAGGACUGGGAGAAGAGGCUCAUCAUCUCUGACCGCGCCCACCUGGUGUUCGACUUUCAUCAGGCGGUCGACGGGCUGCAGGAAGUGCAACGCCAAGCCCAGGAGGGGAAGAAUCCUGGCUGGGGGGGCGCCAUCGAACUCCAGGUCCCAGGAAUCCUCCCUGACUUCCUGGAAGUGAACCGCCAGGGCCACCUGUCCCGAGGGCGCGGACACCCAGGAGGGGUGAGGGGUCGCAGUCACUGUCACCCCUGCAGAUUCAAGAACCUGGCUCACCAGCACCGGUCCAUGUUCCCCACCCUGGAAGUGGACGUCGAAGGUCAACUCAAAAAGCUCAAGGGCUUUGCUGAGCGGAUCCGACCCAUGGUCCGAGACGGUGUCUACUUUAUGUACGAGGCACUCCACGGCACCCCCAAAAAAAUCCUUGUGGAAGGUGCCAACGCAGCCCUCCUUGACAUUGAUUUCGGGACCUACCCAUUCGUGACGUCAUCCAACUGCACCGUGGGUGGCGUGUGCACGGGCCUGGGCAUCCCCCCGCAGAACAUAGGCGAGGUUUACGGCGUGGUGAAGGCCUACACCACACGCGUGGGCAUCGGCGCCUUCCCCACCGAGCAGAUCAAUGAGAUCGGGGACCUGCUGCAGAGCCGUGGCCACGAGUGGGGGGUGACGACAGGCAGGAAAAGGCGCUGUGGCUGGUUGGACCUGAUGAUUCUGCGAUACGCGCACAUGGUCAACGGCUUCACCGCGCUCGCUUUAACAAAACUGGACAUCCUGGAUGCCCUGGACGAGAUCAAGGUUGGCAUCUCAUACAAGCUAAACGGGAAGAGGAUCCCCUAUUUCCCAGCUAACCAGGAGGUCCUGCAGAAGGUCGAAGUUGACUACGAAACGCUGCCUGGGUGGAAGGCGGACACCACGGGCGCCAGGAAGUGGGAGGACCUGCCCCCGCAGGCCCAGAACUACAUCCGGUUCGUGGAGAAUCACGUUGGAGUGGCAGUGAAAUGGGUUGGUGUUGGCAAAUCAAGAGACUCAAUGAUCCAGCUGUUUUAGGCCGAGCUGACACCAGCAGGCCGCAGCGGUUCGUCCAGCAUCAUCAGCCCCAAGAUCAGUGCCAUAAACAAAGAGACAGGGAGACUAUUUCCUGUACUUUUGUAUUUCUCUCUAAGCCUUCAGCUCAGAUUUCUACAGUGACUCAAACAUCUGACAGCCAGGGCUGUGGACGUGUUUUUUUUUUUUUAUCCUGCUAUUUAAAAUGAGCCAAAGUACUCAAAACAGAGAACGUUUAUGGCACAUUGUCACAUGGUUGUAUGGCUGGUUGAAGCUCAGUAAUAAACAAUCUGGUAGCCACUGAAUGGUCGUGGUCAGUA